AUGUCCUCUUCGCGAUCAGGUCGCUCAUCUAAUGGCCACAAGAAGGAAAGGGGUGCUCAGCGCCCAAUUCGUCGAAUAAUCGAGUCACUCCAGUCCCACAGUGUCAAUACCCUUACAGAACUCGUGAGAGUCGAGCGGAUAGCGGCUACAUGUGACGAGAGUGAUGCUGUGGCAUUCCAAGGCCCAAUGACGGAGGCAUGGAGCUACUAUGUCAGCAGCAACCAGUUCCUCACUGAGUUGAGGGGACUGACAAGGAAUUACCCAUUCUGUGGAGAUAUCGUGACGGACGCGCAGAUGAGAGUGCGCAGUGACCCUGAGAGCAAUAGGAGCUGGAACAUGGCCUGGCUCUGCCUUCAAAAGACUGUCAAUGACAACCUUGUGGCUACAUAUGCUGCCAUAGAGGCCAUGAGACCUGAAAUGUGGGGUGGGCGUGAGCCUUCUCCAGAAGAAGCCGACCAGCUGGCUCAGUGUUUUGAAUUUGAGUGGAACAAUGCUGUGACCACCAUGUUGCGCCACUGCCACCUGCCUCUACAGCCUGGACCUCUAACCCCGAUCAUUGCAUCCCAUCUCAUCCCAUUUGCAGUGAUCUGGCCUCUCAGGGCCGACUGCAUCUGGCGAUACAGGCAGAUGGCCUCUCAGCAUGUCUUGGGCCCCGCGUGGGACACACACCCCUCACUCGUCAUCUCGAGCAAUGAGACGGUCGGCAGUGAUUCGAAUCAGUCAGCAUCUCUGCCCGCCAUCUUAGCUGCUCUCAUCCCGUCCUUGAUCAGCGCCGUCUUCCUCCUCACAGUGUUCGUCCUCAUCAAGCGCCCGCUUCGCAGGAUAUACUCGCCAAGAACCUAUAUUGAUGUCAUUCCUGAAAAGGAUCGCACACCCAUAUCCAGUCUUAGACGCUUCGAAUGGGUCCGAACAAUCAGACAGCUUGACGACAAAUUCGUUCUUGAGCAUUCCUCGCUUGACGCAUACCUGUAUCUCCGAUUUCUCAAGACAUCUGUCUUCAUCUGUUUUGUCGGAGCAGCCAUCACCUGGGUCAUCCUCUUCCCCGUGAAUGCGACCGGUGGAGGGGAUGAAUCCCAGCUUGAUCGACUUGGUUUUGGUAAUGUGCGUCACAAGGACAGACUAUAUGCUCAUGCUGUGGUAGCUUGGGUUUUCUUUGGAUUUGUUAUGCUGGUCAUUGCCAGAGAGCGAAUGUGGCUCGUUGGACUUCGCCAAGCCUGGUACCUAGCUCAAGCGAACGCUUCUCGCCUCUCAUCACGGACCGUCCUUUAUCUCGACCCGCCGAAGGAGGCUUCCACGGUCUCUGACCCGCAGCAAAACUUCGGCAGCGAAGCAAGACAACAAUGGGUCGUCAAAAAGACAAAGUCACUUGAUGACGAGGUCGAGUCGAGGGAUGACAGAACAGUGAGACUGGAAUUCGCCGAAGUCUCGUACCUCAGACAAGCCAGCAAAAAGAUCGCCGAAACCCGUCGGAGAGAAGGCCUAGAGGCCGAAGGAAGUGCAGAGAAUGCUGCAAUUGAGAGUGCACGUCCCCGUGAGCGACAGUACUAUCUCACCGGCAACGCGGCCGAUCUUAUCCAACACCUGCGCAACGAGGUAAAGGAAGCAGUGCAGAAGGUCGCUGAGAAGCGGGACUCCUACUCGGCUGAAAAUGCAAAUGGGCAUAAUCGAUGUGCAAUAUUUGUUGAAUACGCAACCCAGUCUGCUGCGCAACGAGCCUAUCGAGGCGAAUCCAAGUCUCGCCUUCCCGUGCCUCCCAGCCUCGCCAUUCAGUCAAGACUCAUUGGCGUGGUUCCGAACGAAAUAAUAUGGCGCAAUCUCGCAAUGCCACAAGCCGAACGGCUGUCCAAAAAGUCAAUGGCAAAUCUCCUGAUAGCGCUUCUGAUCAUCUUUUGGUCAAUCCCAACGGCCAUUAUCGGCACAGUAUCAAACGUGAAUUACCUCGCCGACAACGUCUCGUGGCUCUCUUGGAUCAACAGCCUCCCAGACUCUCUCCUUGGGCUUCUCACAGGCUUUCUGCCCCCGUUUCUCACGAGCCAGUUUGCAUCCUACUUGCCGAACCUAAUGCGACAUGUGGCCAAAGCCUCGGGACAACCUACCAUAGUCACGGCUGAAUUGCAAGUCCAGGCAUGGUAUUACACAUUCCAGAUCAUCCAAGUGUUCCUGGUUACAGCUCUAUCUUCGUCUGCCACGGCCUUCAUCCCAGUGAUCGUCAACGAGCCGCACCACGUUCCCCAGCUACUCGCCGACAAUCUUCCGAAAUCAUCAAACUUCUACCUGACUUAUUUCAUCCUUCAGGGGCUCGCCUCAUCCGUAAAAAAUAUCAUGAAUUGGUCGGACCUGCUUCAAUACCUUUUCUUCGAGAUCUUCAUCUACAAAACCCCGCGUGACAAAUUCAAACAGUAUACCGGCCUCAAGGGAAUUGCAUGGGGAAAAGUCUAUCCGAAGUUCACGAAUUUCGUCAUUAUUGCCUUGGCUUACAGCUGCAUAUCACCACUUGUUCUGGGAUUCGCAGCUGUGGGAUUGUCCCUCUUCUACCUGAGUUAUCGCUAUACUUUACUCUUCAUGGUCCAGCCAAAAAUCGAGACCAAGGGGAAAUGCUAUACGCGCGCGCUACAACAGAUACUGGCGGGUAUAUACAUUGGCGAAUUAUGUUUAAUUGGGCUUUUCGGCCUGCGGAAGGCCAAGGGUCCUGCAAUUAUGCUGGCUAUCUUGUUCUUCGCAACAAUUGCCUACAACAUCGGGACUAACCGUUAUCUGAACCCGCUGGAGGACCAUUUCCCAGAAGACAUGGUCGAUUCUGAGAAUGGAGAGCAGGAUCCUCUUCUGUCUGCCGCAGAGGAAGGCCAGGCUGUUGCUGCUGGAGAUGCACGAGUAGACGAGCACGAGCGAUCUCAUGUGCAGCGUCUCGGCCGAGGGAUGCACCUCCCACAGAAGGUCGUCUCCCCGAUCGCACGGUUCCUUGAGCCACACGUGUACGCUUCGCAUCAAGCCAUGCGUGCUUUCCUUGCUCGCACAGGAGCCGAGACCGAGCCGGCCCCUGAGUAUAGCGAGGAAGACAUCAAGAAAGCAUACCAGAACCCCAGCCUCACCAGCAAGGCGCCUCUCAUAUGGUUGCCGAAGGAUAAUUAUGGAUUGAGCAAGAAGGAGAUUGAGAGUCUGAGCGCGGACAACUUGGAGGCUACGGACGAGGGAGCCUGGGUCAACAGCAAGGGCAAAGUGGAGUUUGACAGGAGUAACCUGAGAAGUUCACCCGUCUGGAAGCAGCCAAAGGCUUAUUGA